UUUUACAUUCAAGGGGCGGUCUUUCAAGCUGGGAAGGUAAAUAUUACCGACACUUCCCAAAACAACCAUGGCUGCCAAGCCGUUUCUUUCGAAACUCAAUUCCGGGGUUCGGGAGAUGUAAAGGUGUUCGCGACGCUCAGUCACGGAAACAAAUAUGUUAAAAUCCACGACCCAGCGUCUCUUUGGGUGAAGUCGGUGUCAACAACAGGUUUUGAAGCCUGCGUGCGCGAAGCAGGAAGUGGCUCUGGUGGAACGUCUGUGAUCAACUGGCUUGCAUUUCAAGGUUCGCAUCAAGGCAUACACUCAGGGAUCGUGGAAUUCAAUGAAUUCACGUCACGAACACAGUGCAAGAAGAUAUCGCUAAGCAUUCAGAAACAGGUAACUUCGCAACGUCAUCCAAUUCAUUCAUUUAGUCUUCCAUGUUAGUUUUAAAGUCAAUACUCACGAAAAACUCAUAACUCAACUUCGACAAAAAUAACGAAAACGCGCGUGACUUCACAUCAGUAAAAUUAUAAAAAAAAGGCCUUGUUUUGUAAAUUGUUUAAAUACUAUGCCUGCAAAAAGCACCAAAAAAUGUAAUCGUUAUAGUGCUCCAUGAUGAAAGUUGUUUGAUAUCUUCUUCAUGGCUCUGCAGGAACAUUUAAUACAUGAAUAAAUGGACAGAGUGAUUACUUCAGCACAGAAUUGCGAAGUGGCCUAAAGCAGCAAUAUCAUCGUGGCAUAUCCCCUUUAACAAGAAAAGGGCUUAGCACUAUAUGAAUCGUCCGUUUUUUUUCCUAUGUUUUGUUUGCUGUUCAAGAAUCUCCUCCUAAUACUCUGGCAAAUCGACGCAUGCAAAACCGAGUAACUCUUCAAAGCCGAAAUGAAGUCGAUACUUGAUUAUUUUCGGAAUCAACAAUUGUUGUGAAGCUAUAAUGGCCAUGAGCUUGUCAUAACGUCAGUCCAUAAAGUUAAGCGCUGUUAAUCCGGUCCUCUUCGGGGCAGAGGACGAUAAUCAUAUUUAAGGUCAGUAUGUACAUGUACUUAUUGGGUGAUUUUUUCUCUUCUUUUAGAUAAAACCUCAAGUGUUUGUAACCAUUCAACAUAAACAUUCUAACCGUCCUUUUGAUUCCAUGAACAUCUGGCUAGAAGAGGUCGAAGCAGACGGCUUCGUUGUUUGCUUGAGAGAGUUUAUGAGUUUCGACGGCAUCCAUACCGGACUUAAAGUGGUGAGUUUUAAAAAAUUAGCCCAGUCUUCGACUAUUACGUUUUUCUUCGUCCUUACUUGUUAUCAAUUAAAUUUAAAAUUAAAUCUGAUUGUAUGGAAGCUAAUAAAAACCUGGUGGUUAGUUUGGCCUCCCCUUAUAAAUUACGUAAAAAUGAUAUUAGAAGAAUUAUUGUUUUACCUAACCCAUAAAUGUUUUAAAACCGUAAAACUCUGAAUUUGCUUUGCAAAGACAGCCUGACGAAAGGGGUGAAGGGGUGGACUGGAAGUGAAAAAGGGGGGAGGGGGGCGCUGAUCAGGGAGCGGGGUUCUUUCAAAGAGCGGCUUUUCAGCCUUAACAAAAUAUCGCCCCUGCUGCGCAUGUGCAGCAGGCGUUUUGAAAAGAAAGAAAGUUUUCUUGAAGUCGCACAUAUAAACUACCCUCGUCAUUUCCCUAAUACAUUCUGAGAUGAAUCUUUAGGGUUCACUUUAGGGUUCACUUCAGCCCGGUGACGUUGGCUUUGAGGCCUCCUAACACUUUAAUGUUGAAUAAACUUAAAACCGUUCAAGCUAGGACCAUCAAACUUGGCGAUGCUCGCUGAUUUUUUCUAGAUUUACUACUAAUGAAUUAUUAUAUCACACUUAAUUUAGCAUGAUUUACGUAGCUGUUAAUAUGAUCUAGGCUUUUUAGUGACUAGUUUGGAAACAUUAAUUGAAUUUAAAAUGGCCAACUAGCAGGAAUAAAUGGAAUUAAUUUAAAUAAUUCAAAAUGGCAGAUCCAAAAAGGCAUAUGGUCUCAAUAAGAAAUGACGUCAUCAUGUUGUCACUUCCAUUGUUAAAGAUGAUCAAAUUGUCAACCAUCGUCAUGAUUUUUAAGUAAUUUAAUUAUUUUUGCUUAAUGGCUACAGGAACAAUUGAUAAGCUAUGGGUUCAGACAAUAAAUGCAACAAGGCGAUAUUAGUUUCGUCAAAUUACGUUAUUGUGUCAAUCACAUUACUCCUACUUGUUGGAAUGAUGAUUACACUAUUUUGUGUAAAUUUAGUGGCUGUAUCAUGAGUGGCUUAAUGCUGUGACUGUUACUUGCGUCCCGUUUUUCAGAACUGGCUUGCUUAUGAUUUGCUACCUGAGGCUUGGAAUUUUACUGAGCAAGGAAGGCUUCAUUUUUCUGGACUUGGUGCACCAAAGAAAGAGAGCAAUUAUGCCUUUUGUCAGGUUGGAAAUAGGACGUUUAUUAAUGAUACAUUCAAUUUUUUAUUGACUUAACCCUCGGACGUACAAGGGGGGGGGGGGGAUGGAUACCACCCACCCAUAUGGUUUUUCUGAGUUUUUUCCUAGAGGAUAAAAUGUUAGUACCAGACGUUUUCAGUUCGUUAAUCCGUCGCGCACAUUUUGAGACAAGUUUAGUGAUGGUCAGUUGCUAUGGUUACGAUAUAUGACGUCAGAAGUAGCGGGUGGUCAGGCCAAUUUUGGGUGAAAAUACAUGUUUUUUCAACUUCUUUCAACAAUAAAAGUAAAUAUUGUGGCUAAAAUCAUACAAAGUGCUUGUUUGUGUGUUAUUUGUCAUUUAAAGCACAAAAAAUUACCAUUUCUCGCAGUUUUAACCAGAUUUCUAAUUCUUGGUAAACUCCAAGAUGGCGACGAUUGUGGGUGACGUCACAGGCCUCCAGCAGCGCCACCAGCCCUUAAAUAUACCUCAUCUUGUUAAGAAGAUCAAAGGCUUUCCACUAAAGAUAAAAUGGUUUCAAAGUACUGCAACAUAUCAAAAACUCCGGGGAGGGGUUCCAUGCAUCCCCCCUUGUACCCCCCUCCCCUUAUACCUGAAUUUGCAUGUACUUCCGAGGGUUAAAUUACCAGUCCGGAAUAUCCCUAAAUUUAAGGACAGGGCCAACUGGUCACGCGACACUUUUCAACCAAUGAGAAGGCGCGCUUGUGUUUAUCAACAAACAAAUCAAAACAUCGCCCCAGUGAUCAAAAAUUUUCAAAACAACGGACGGAGUCGGACAGAAUCAGUCAUCGUUUCGAGAUUCUCAGGCAUAUUUUUAAGACUUUCAUGAGGCAUAGACAAUUUUUUUAAGUGGACAGCGUAUCGGAAGCUAUAUUGAAAGGGUCUCGUGAAAUAUUCAGCACAUUCAGCACGGGUUUCUCACAAAAGCAGUGUUAUUACUUUUUUUCGCAUUAGUACGAGCCUUUGCCUUUUUUCUUUUCAAGGCCAAAACAACUUUAUUAGUCUUAUGGAUAUUCACGUCCACAAUCUCGCCUCACUUUGCCGAAUUUGCGGGGAUGAAAUUGAAGAUCAUAAGCGCAAGGUAGAUACUAACCGCUUUGUUUCUGAAAUUCACUAAUCUGGAAAGAUUUAAUGUUGUUGGAUUCUCCAAAUGUUGAAACAAGGCAAAUCUCAGUUGUAAAUGCUGUAUUUCGCUACUCAUUGAACAUGCACUGAUUAUCUGGGAUAAAUUUAAAACAUUGCAGGUACUACAGCAAGCAAAGAAAGCACCAGAUGCGUGAAGUCAACACAAAACAACGCAAAAAAACAAACAAGAAAAAUUAAUAAAUUUGAACUACUUUCUUUUCUUGUUAUGAUGACUGGUUCUUUGAUUCUUGUCCUGUAGAAGUUAAUAGGUAGUACCAAUGCUGUUUUGUACGAUCUCAACAAAUUUUCACACUCUCUCUAAGGCUAUUUUUACACGGGACGAGUUUGCUUCUAUCAAGUAUCUUGCAAACCAUGCCAGUGAAGCCAAGACCUCUGCGAUCGGUCCGGAAUCAGUUCGAACACCCCAGUGAUUCCGUGCAAGCUCUUAUUCUCUUACAUGACAUGUUUUCUUUGAAAUAUUAAAUGUGAAACCUAGACGAGUACUGUAAGUUCAUUUUUAAUUCUGUCCGACUCCGUCCGUUGUUUUGAAAUUUUUGAUCACUGGGGCGAUGUUUUGAUUUGUUUGUUGAUAAACACAAGCGCGCCUUCUCAUUGGUUAAACAGUGGCGCGUGACCAGUUGGCCCUGUCCUUAAAUUUAGGGAUAUUCCGGACUGAUUACAAACUCAAGCCUUUAAACCAACAUGGUUAACAAUCAACGUUUGUGUUGUGUAUUUCUCAUUUCUCUGACGGACACUGUAGCAUCGGCGUAUUGUGCAUUUUUGAAAUAAGAGUUUAAGUCCAACAAGAGAUAAGACCUUCUUGAUCAUCAGUGCGUUGUUCACAAGAGUUGUGUUUUAGAUUUGUUGACUGCAACGUGUUCAGCAGGAGCAUCCACUAUUAGAUAUAUUUUAUAGACCUAGAGUUUGCCUAAUCAUUUUCUUAAUGAACUGGGACAAUAUCACUUUGUUCAAAAGGAUCAAGGAGACAAUAUUUCUUUAAACAGUCAGGGAAAAUUAUUGUGUUUGGUAAUCAUGAUUUAUAGGAUUAUAAGUUUGAGAAUCCAUUCUACGAGCCGCCCAAUAUUCUGGCAUCCGUCGGCCAUGAAAAUGUCACCAGGGAACUGUCAAUGAAGGCAGAUGGUCGCUAUAGCAACGCUUUGACAGUCUAGAUUGAGGUGAGUAGCUUUGAAGACACAUAAUAAAUUGAAACUGUUUCAAAGAUUUGCUGAUUAAAAUAGCUACCUUCGCGAAAGAGUAAAGCACUUAUAACUAAAGAAGAAGUUCAAAGUGGCACUUAACACUUGACGGCAAAUUCAAGCAAUAACUUGAAUCAUCAAGCUGAUUGUCAUUUCCCGUACUCAUUUUCACCUGAUGAUUCUUUUUAACGGAGGCUCUGUGGGUUCAUUAAAAACGGUCACAUCUGUAGAUUGUAAUUGGUUGAUUACGAUCCAUUCUUUUUUUUAAUUAUUAUUUAUUUCCGUGGUGAUUAUGACAGAAAACGAACUUUCUCGGAAUGUAUUGUUCUUUUCAUGUAAUCCGAUUGGUCAACUUUGUCUAGAUGGCCUCGGUUAUAGUAGCCACACUGCAACAGACGGCAGCGUCCAUUAUAUAACCGUGAGAACUGUACGUCCGUUUAAACGAUUCAAAGUUGCUCUUGUUCUUAUUGCCUAACUGGACGCCCCUGUCUAAAAGCUAACAGGUCAAUACAAGCUUUUUAUUUAUUAGUAUAUUUGAUGUUGUAUUCCAGGAGAUCACUCGUUUGUCUUUCAAAGUGUGCACCAAAGACAGUCAGCGAAUGAGCAAGUCUCACAAUCCAGUUACAGUGGACUAUGCUAUAGUGGGAGGUACAUUACUCUUAUAUUUGCUUAUUCUUUAAAUUCAAAGAUUUGUCUCUCAUACUGGUUCGUCCUGCUAUCAAGGAAUUUGGACGUUGGGUCAAACGUCGAAUUGAAGAAAUGAAUUCCAAUAAGAAUAAAAAACUAUGAUCAAAUGUCGAAGAAAGAAGACAGCAUCGUAUUGAUCGCCUUUGCAAACGCUUUUGUAGAAAAAGUAACUUCCCAUUUCCUAUCUUUUUUUGCUUGCGCUCUCAAAGGAUGUAGGACGUCAGGUCAAUUUGCUAUUCAUACAAGUGCUGAUUUUCUUGUUGUUUUUUUACCCUAAAGAUAUAGACCCGUGCACAAACGUUACUUGCGAUUACCAUGCCAUCUGCAAAGCUUUCUCUGCAUUUGAUGCCCGUUGUGUUUGUGAUGACAACUGCCCGUCUUACGAGGAGCCAGUGUGUUCGUCCAACUCGACAACAUUUAAGAACAAGUGCUUUUGUCUGCUGGACAUUUGCAGGCGCAAGAGUAACCACACUCUCUAUCAUCCCGGCAGUUGUACAGGUAAGAGAGCGGAUUAUAGGGAUUUUUUGCCGCUGAUGACUUAUAACAUCACUCAAUUUGGCGGCCAUCUUGGGUGCCAUCUUGGAAUCACCGUUUUAAGCACAUGGCAUUUUCUGUGCAGCUGUAGGUCCAAAAUAAAUCAUGAUUAAAUACUAUUUUGCUUAUUUUGGUACUGUUUUGAACGCAACAAAGUGCCAAUCAUAUAGUGCCACUAUAUGAUUGUGUGAUUGUACAAUCAGCUUUUAAUUUAAUUCCUCGCAUAUAGAUUGGAUUUUCUACGUUUUUUUUUCUCAUCCUCAUCAGAUAUAUCUAGGAUGCAUCUUUUUUUGUCUUUAUGUUAACUUUAUGGCUGUUGUUGUUUGUUUGUUUGCUUUUUUAUCACUUUCAGCUCCAAUUAGCUUUGUUUUUCUUCUAUGAUGUAUCUUCUUUUUCUUGUUGUUCCUCGACAAGUUUUCCUGUUCAGACUGGGCGAGUUUCACUGAGGAGACAUGUACAGUGGGCAGAGACGGCCUGUGAAGUAGUGAAAUUUCCACCGUUUUCAUUCUAUCCGGACAAAGAAGUGCACGUACAAAUAACGACCAAUCACUGGAACAUAAGCGAGAAAAAUUUUGUACACGAUGCUACUGUGUCCUGGGUGGAAACUGUUAACUUCGAGAAUUUUGAGGUGAAUAUUUUAAAAGGAAGUUUUCAAUUCAAGUAUUACUUCAAGUAGUAAUUAGUGAGCCUCUGUUCAUUACUUCGGCGGAGCGCGAAGUAAAGGUUUCGCGACGCUCAGGAAUGUAUCAAAGUUACAAUUUUUUGACAAGAUGGGGCAUGCAAAGUCUGUAGGUUUUCGGUUUUAUUCGGCUAUUUGACGAAGUGAGAGCCGAAUUAAUUCGAGAUAUCUCGAGGUCACUUCGAUUUCUUUGAUUUAUUCUUUAACUUUUUCGAGGAGGAAAGAAUUAUUAUUUUGGCUUUCCCGGGGUUUGAACCGACUCACCUGUGUGACCCGUCAGAUCAGAGGAGACUCUAAGCUGAGGGAUUAGCCGAUUGCGCUACUGCGACCCAAGGUAGUUUGGGAUAUGAAAAAUAGUUAUGAAAUGAUGCACUAGUUUCGGGACAAGAUUGGGCGUGCAAGUUCGAUUCGGCUUGUUUCAACUAUUUCACGAAAUGAGACCGGACUACUUCGUGAUAUCUUGAGAUCACUUCGAGUUUAGUCUUUAAUUACUCGAGGAAUAAAUAGAGGAUAUUUCGUGGCCGCGCCGAGACACGAAAUUUCUCUUCGAGUGUUGAAAAACGUUUCACGAGUGAGACCUCCUUUCGAACUGUUUUAUGAUGAAUUUAAAGUUACAAAAUGCUGCAAAAAGACAUUUUGUCUUUGUUGAGUGUUACGUAGUAAAAUUGUUUUCAUGCGUUGCGUGACUUUCUCGAACGUUCUCUACGUUUUUGGAUUAGCCAUGAAUAAUUAAUUAGGGCAUGUUUACAUUUCAGCAUGAGUCAGCAGAUUUGCAUCAGUUACUGAAAUCAUAAAAUAUGUCGAAAAGCUACUACUAUUCGCCUGCUGUUUAGUAUUUUCUAGAACCUUAUGUCAAACGGUAUACAAGUUCCAAGCGAGUUCUUUUGACGAACUAAGUUUUUUUCCCACGAGCUGGACUGCUGUGUUUAGUCAAGCGUGACGAAGGUCGAUUUUCAGGUACAGUGAAACCUGUAUUAGGCGGACACCGUAUUAAGCGGACACCCUCUAUUAAGCGGACACUAGCCGAAGUCCCCAAAUCCAUUUCCCUUAUUUACUUUAAAUGAGACCUUUAUUAAGCGGACACCUCUAUUAAGCGGACGCGGACACCUAAAAAGUACCUGAGAUGGUCAUUUCUAUUGUUGCCAACCUGUGUUAAACGGACACUUGUAAUUAAAUUCCACCACCCAACAUGCCAGACAUAGGAAAUGCGAAAGAUUGCCUCAAAUUGGCACCCACAAAUGUUUCGUUUUCACAUUAAAAAACAUGACUUGGCGAGCUUAUUUGAUUAGUUUCACAGUACAGUAUUGUUUUCUACUUCGUUUUGUUUGUAUAGAGCUUGUUUCACUCGUCUGAUUUCUUCAAAUUUAAGUUGCAAUCUGUGUUUAUGGUACUAUGAUCAACUGGUCCACUUUGAUAAAGAAAUUAAUGCAAAACGUACAUCGUCACAGUCUCUGGGAGUAUUCUAAACGUUUCCAUUGUUCAUUUGAAUGGCAUUUGACACCUCAUAUGACGUUAUCUAUCGAAACCUGUAUUAGGCGGACACCCUGUAUUAAGCAGACACUACAGCAUUCCCCGAGGGUGUCCGCUUAAUACAGAUUUCACUGUAUUGUGUUUACAAGUUCGCGGAAGCCGUAAGAUAUCUGAAGUUCAAGUGAGAGUUUGUUAUUAUUGUAGAGGCUGUUUAGUUUUACUCAAAGUUCAAGUCAAGUUUGUGUUGGUGGAUGCUUUUUUUAAAAGCUCUGUAAAGGCUAUGUUCCUUUGGUGGUAAACUUCCUUGUGUUAAUCCGACAUCCCUGCGUGCUGAUAGUCAAUGAAUAAUUAUCCUCAAAACAUUCGAACUCCUGACUUUGAGUUUUAGCCAAUUCCAUCCUCAACGUAAUUGACUCCUUACCCAUGCCUUACAUAUCUUUAAUCAGUACAUGAGACUGCUAUGCUGUUUUUGAAGCCUGAUGGUGACUAAGAAAAAUAGAGAACUGUUUUUUUUAGAAGGAUUUAUAUGGAGUCAUCAGAGCAUAACUGGGCUAAUAUCUCGGGGUGACAAUUUCUCCUGAAAUGCUAGUUUUUGGCAAGUAGGCCUCUUGGAUGUUGCUCUUUUCAGAAUAUCCUGACAAAUCCCAUAAUUUCACAAAUUAACACCUUACUCUUACCAUAUUUGAUUUCUUACUAUUCCUUCGCAUUCACAAUUAAUUAGUUCCACAACCACGACGCCGAAGUGUACGCUCCGUAGCGUCUUGUUUGUCUUACAUCUCCAAGAACUCUUGUUUACCUGUCAUAUUUCUGAUCAGUAAAAUACCAUUUGAACACAUUUUAUUUUCUCAACGAGUUACUAGCGGAGAUUUCGCGUCUUGCGCGCGCAGAGGAACACUGUGGGUAAGAAAAUUUGGUUAUCUAUGCAUCCAAGAAAUUUUGGUUACUAACAAAAUCGUGCGUACGUACGUAGACGGCGUCUUCAUGUUAACGGAUGUGAAAUGUCUUACUAGCUGUAAGUCCAAAACAUAUACAAAUUGUGUUUAACUCGAUUUUGGACAUCCAUGUUAUAAUCAGUUGACAGCUGUCAAAGUAGGGCAUCGGCAGACCAGUGUCACAUGACUUUAUGGCGGGCUCAGGUGUGCAACUUAUUGAGAUGACGGGUUUUUUUAAAGUUCUCCGCUGACCAGUAACAGAAUUCAAGAGAUAGCAGGCUUAGAAAACUUUACUGCAGGAAGUAAGUUACCACGAGAGCUUCGCUUUUGGCUUUGGCUAAAUCUAUAUAUUAUCUUACCAUAUAAAAUAAACAUUAGCCAUUACAUUUUAUCUUUAGGUGUGCGUGACUGCAGCAGGAAGAAAUGAUCGCUUUGUCAAAGAAUUUGCCACGGUGCACUGGAUGGCCUACCAAGGUGCUCCUGAUGGAGGUGUGGCGGAUAAAAUGCGCAUUCCAGAAUGGUGGACUGGAUCACAGUGCUCAAAAGUCAGCCUUCCUCAGGCAAUAACACUUUAUUGUUACCUCUCAGCUGCGUCUUGUUUCGUUGCAUAAACCAUAAAAAAUAAAUGACCUUUAGUUAAGUUUUCAAUAAGGUGAACAUUUGCUAUGAUGAUGUCAUAAGUACUAAACACUCCAGUUGUUAUCCAAUCGAAGAUAUCGUACUUGGACUUGGAGACAUGAGCUGCAAAGAGACAGCCCAGUUCUGUCCGCGAAAUUCUUUCCGACACGUAGCCCAUUUUUAAUCCUUUUUCAAUUUUUACACUAUUUGUCAGAGGUGGGGAGAUAUUCUUAAAAAAGCAUUAUUUAAUAAAAAAAAAAAAAUAGGACAAAGAAACUUGAACGGUCAAGGGCUAAAUUUGACUUUCGCGUUCAGACACCUGACGACGAUCCGAUGUCCUAUGAGCAUCCCGAUCAUGUGAAAUGUUAUUUAUUCCAAAUUUUACAUGCUAUUCUCCCAAUCAGUCUUGCUGUGUAUACUUAAUGAUUACCAAUUCAACUUUCUUACUGUUAUGAAUGUUUUUUUCAACAGGGAAAAUUUGCGUGGACACCAACGGUCCUGGUUACAGCAGAACAUAUAAGUGCAGACUUUAAGCAUGAUGCCGCAAGUUUGUGGGUGGAAAACGCAACCAGUUCCUCCUUUUACAUUUGUCUUCGAGAACUACAGAAUUAUGAUGGUCUACAUGAAGAUAUCUUUGUGGUAUAUGUUUUCUCUUUUAUAAAUAUAUCUGUCUGGAGUUUGCUAAAUCGUGGCUAAAGAAAUUUCAAGUGCAUUUUAACAAUUUGAUAUCUACGUCGAAUGGAAAGUAGUUACGAAAUACUAGCUGACAACUUUAUUGCUGGCAACAGACAGCUACAGACGGUAAAUUUCUCUCUCAGAAGUAACAGGAUUUUGGCAUAAAAUAAAGAACAUUUGAAACGUCCAGAACUUAUAACUUUUUAGUCAGCCAAACCAUGAGGUCCCAUAGACAAGUGUCUGCCGAAAACAGAUUAGUAAGCCACAAUCUUUGAGCACAGAAUAGGCUUUCUAAGACACAAUCACCUAAACUAAAUACUUGCGAAGCGUUUUUUUUAUGCUUGGUACCGUAAUCUGGUAACACGAGCUCAACCACAUACCUGAAUUUUGUUUGUCAACGCUUUCGGUAAAUCACACAAUAUUAAUUUCGUGGCCAUCACAGAACUUCCAAAAACCACUCGUAAUAUUUCCACAUUUAACACGGGCGAAUCAUCGUCAAAUUACUUGGAAAAACUGUCGCAUUCUGCACAUAAAUCGUCGAUUGAAACUUUUCUCGAGUCACACAGUCGAUUUAUUCAAGAUCCUGGAUGUAAACCAGCGGUUGAAAGGGAGACAUGGAGCCCCCCGCCUUCCAAACAAUUUUUUGACGAAGACGUCUUUGGCCUGGUCAGAGAUCAGCAUCAAUUUCCAUCUCGCCGGAUAAAUUUCACCCCUAGAACCUACUUUGUGGGGCCAAAGACUUUUUGCUGCCAACAACAAAGCUCGCAAUAUCCAAUCUUUCCUUCUCAAACCCAGGAUCAGUCUUUCAUCCGUGUAGCUAAAUGAGACGAAGUACGAGAAGACGUAGCAGACUUAAUCGUGAGACGUGUUCCUUCGUAAGGUUUCAUGACGCCUUCUGGAAAGCUUUGCUUAAGGCAGCCACAAAAAACUCUAAGAAUGCUCACUAAGAGAGCCGUGUUCAGUCUAAAACGCGCGCUGAUUUCAAAGUGGCAUACAGAGAGAAUUAUAUAGGAAGUUAUGAAAGGCCUUUUUUGGGGGGGAAGGUUGUAGGUUGAUAGCCAUUGAGAAACUCAUGACAGUCUAUCUAAUGCAGCGCAUUAUUCAGCCAACAAAUUCAACAAUAUGACGUUGUAAUGACGUCAAAUAACGUCAUUGUGACAAUCAAAUUAUGCCUAGACGUUGGAAAUUUUUUUAUUCUGUGUAAUUUUGGUAGCCGUAUCAUUAGAGGUUUUAAAGUUAUAGAGGGGAGCCUCGAAAGCCAACCCACCCCGCUCGCAGGGAGCAAAAAAAAAAACGCUCUGAAUAGGGUCAAUGAUAAUAUACGUGAAAUGAGCUCUCGCAAGCAUUGUGGAUACAAGUUACAAAUCGUUUUUCGGGCACAUGGCUCAAUUAUUUUUACACAGGAUUUAGGUAUGAGAUAGCAAUCCAUUUUUGAUUGCUAUCCCUCUUUUUAGAGUUGGAUGGCCUUUGAAACAAUCCACAGGCCCCUUUUCGCUGAGAGCAAACACGUGGAUUUUCCAAACAACAAUUCCGUUUCUACGAGCUACAAUGGUGCAUUUUGCAAGGUAAGACGCAACUUUACUUUUAAGUAGAAGAAGCUCUUUAUCUGUUUAGAUGGAACAGUAGACUUGCUACAAGUCCACCUCUCGGCGAGGCCGCGAAGCGGCCUACCGAGCGACAAAGUCGCGCGAGAGUUCGACCUUCAUCCCGCGCCAUAUUAAAUCCGACGAAGGACUUUUUUGAAAGUGUAAUGGAACAGCAGAGAAAAGCAGCUAUGAAAUAAGUACAUUUAGGCAUUUUAAAUCAUCUUUGCGGCUUUAAAACUCCAGAUUUUAUCCCAAUUUAAUAAAUAGGAGUAAAAACGAAGAAAGUCGACCAUGAUUAAUCUCUCGUCUAGUUGCCAUAUCACGUCAUCAUGAUCUUUCAGAAGAAAAGAGAUGAAAGGAAUUUGUUUUAUGAACGUUCAUCACCUAUAAUAUGACUAUGCGUUGAUCAGGAAUGGAUGGUGUUUCAAAUUUUAUAUCAACAGCCUUCUUUUUAUGUCCUUAGGACGUCCCAUUUGCAAAGAAUUACGACAACGAACCCAUAGUAUUAAUAGCAGCCGGUCACAACUCAGAAGGCAACAAUUUGAAGCCAAUAUACAUGUCCGUGACCCCAUGGAUUGAGGUAUUCUCAAAUUAUUUAACUAAUACACAACAAAAUUUCUUCAAAAUAAGUAACAUCAAGCUGACAGGGUUGAUAGGGAAUGCGCAAAUGAGCUAAAUUUCACCAAGGUCUGUUCAUGCAAUCUGUUUAUCAGUGACAGUCGCGCAGCGAAACAUUCCAUCCAUUUGUCUAUCUGUUAUUCAAGGUCAGUUUCCCAUGUUCUUUUUUUGUUUAGAUAGGGAAAUGACUCAGUUACAGGCUGUUAAGCGAAAGUCUCUUUAAGUUGAGCUAUUAUUGUUCUUCUAAGGUAAAUAUGAUAUGAUGAUAUGCUUAUUUUACAGCAUAUCAAGACCAGCGAAUUUCGCAUUUGUCUCAAGGAGUUGUUCGCUGACCAGCAUGAUCCUGUGACUGUCUCCUACACAGUACUAGCAGGUUAGUAAAUAAUAAAAACAAAUUUAAUAAUUUCUUUGCGAAGACCUUCUCAUGCCGCCCAGCAAUUGUUAGAUGGAACGAACCAUACGCUAAUUUGGGUUGACCAUACUCACGUUAAGAUCUCGUCUAGAUCUGCUGGGUCAGACGUCGAUCUUUAUAUAUAGGACGCAUCGAGCCAAUCAUGUGAAUCAGAUCAGUAAUAAAAUUAUUUUCCCCCGAACGAUUUUAUAUACAUUAUGCAACAAUUUUUUAAAUUUAUUAGUUUAGUUCAGGGCUUGUGAAGAUCGACGUUUGUACCGGAGACGAUCUUCGGACGCUCUGCCCGUCUGAACAUGUUGGACGAUCCAAACUCAUUCAGACUAUCUUAACUGAGUCAGAAGUAAAACGUUUGAUAAACUUAACUCACUAAGUUUGGUUCGUCACAUGAAAAGUUCGACGUCUGGCCUAUAUGCCUUAUUUUCUCUUCGUUUUGCACUAUUUACUUCACACAAAUUUUUUUGUAAUAUUGCAGAUGUAUGCAAACCGGGCUGGUCAUAUUUUAAUGGUAUUUGCUACGCGACAAGCCACUCAUGCAAGAAUUGGACCGAAGCAGAGAAAAUCUGCCAGGCAUACAGCGCCAACCUCAUCACCGUACGGAAUCAAGAAGAAAACGUUUAUAUUCAGCAUCGGCUGAAUGGUGCUAAGGGCUGGAUUGGUCUAAACGAUAGGGUCACAGAGGGCAAUUUCACCUGGGCAGAUAAUCAAACCAAUAAUUUCACAUACUGGGCGAAAAACCAACCAAACAACUUCAACAAUGAAGAUUGCGUUCACACAUUAGGAGUCAGACAUAGUUUUAAGUGGAAUGAUGUGAGGUGUGAUACAUGCCAUAACUAUACCUGCUCAGAAGGCUUGUGGGUGACUUACCUCUCUUCUAUA